AUGCUGUUUGAUAGAGUUCCUAUAGCGUUGCUGCUCCUCCUACUUGGCCUUGUCCAGCACGAGCCACGGACGCGCGCACAAGUAUUCACAACGCCAGUUGAAUUGGACAAGAUCACUGCACACUCUAUUAGCACAAAUACACAAUCGUUACUUCUCUCGCUUCCCUCGACGCCGCGACCGGUCGUGCUGAGCGUGGAACUCUGCACACAAGUCGACGGUCAGAAUCCACCGCGGUUCUUCGCUCUAGCAAAUACAGCAUCAUCAACAACCCGUCAAACGAGCUCACAGACGUCAACCACCACCGCAAGCACACCUAGCAUCACUCCGGUUGCCAACAGUCAAGAGCUGGACGUAAGCGGCGGCGUAGGCUAUUGGAACAGUGUUAAGUCACUGGACAAUGGUGGCAUUCUGCAAGUCAUUCUUCCUCCAGGCGCCACAGGUGGACCCUGGAGGUUUAGCGUCGGCCUUUCGACAAACGAGCCACUCCAUUGGCGAUCGGAAAGGACGCCAUUAUUUGGCGACUCGACGAGCACAUCGGCCCUCCUCUUUUCACCCCCGAUACCUAACACGGCAUCAGACUUUGUCGAGCCGACAUUUCCAAAGUACGAGUUGCCCGAUAAGAACUUGUCAUCGCCAUCUGCUCCGACAGAAGCAACGUCGACAAACAAUACGCUUGUCGUAUUUCCGACGUCUUUGCUCAUCAAUGACGACGGCCAAUUCAAAACGGAAUUGACAAGCUCCGCAUGCUACUUACAGUCUCUGGAAGCGUCAACGAAUACUACGGGUAGCCUCAAUAUCGCCACUAGGCUGGUCCUAAGGAACCAGGAGGAAGGCUGGCGGACACAGCAUAUCGUUCAGGGGCUCAACCCGUCGACAAAUUAUACAUUUUAUGUAAUGUCGACGUUUGGAAACCAGGUGCUGCUCUCACAGCCAGCAUUUUUCAAGACUAAGCGAGAUGGCUUUCCGUGCACUCUGGCACACUCAUUGCCAUUUUGUCCGAGUGUCGCAUAUUCAGUACCCUUUCCUCCCCUCACCGGCACUCCAAGCACCUAUGACGCCAGCAAUUUCCCCUCUCAGCUUCAAGAGACGCUAUUCAAUUCGCUUGGCAACUUUACGUCGUCACUCAAGACAUUUGCGUGCGGACGGGACUUGUACUCGAUCGUGCAAUCAUGUGCGAGCUGCGAGCGUGCAUACAGGACGUGGUUGUGCUCGACGUUGGUCCCAAGAUGUGGGGAGGUGGACGAGUCUCUCUUACCGCCUGCGGCAAUAGUCCCCCGGGUUGUGGGCUCGACAAAUACUACAGCUACCUCUGCUCGCGUCGACCAGACUGUUCUGGGCUCUUCCGCGGUUGGCAGCUAUUCGGAGCUGUUGCCAUGUUUGGAAACAUGUCAUGCUGUGGACAGGGCCUGCCCGCCGACUCUCAACUGGCGGUGUCCUCGCAAGGGUAUCACCGCUGAACGCAGCUAUGGCGUUGGGUUCAUCGACAAGGAAGGUGACGACGUGAGCGGGGGUGGGCAAGAGGGCGCAGGGCGGACAGGUCGUAGUCAAGACCCGUACGGGAACGUGUGGUGCAACCGAAUGACGACAAAUGACCGGAUCACGAUGAACAAAACGUGA